CGACGGGGCACGCAGGCGAUUCGCGAUCUACGUGCUAGAUCGCCCCAUUCGUCGCCGUGACACGCGGUCUCGUUCGCAAGUCCCUUUUCUCUCUCUCUCUCUUUCUCUGUCUUGGAUUUAAGGUUUGCGCAGUGAUCGCGACGUCCACCCGUCAGACACAUCGCCGAAUAAAUAACAGUCUAAACGGGAAAGGAUUACGGAGUAACGUUUAAUUUUUAUGUCUCGGUCGUUUUCUCCAUCAGAUUUUCUUCACGUUAACGUUUUCGUUUUAAGGUAGUUUGACGACCGAGCGUAGUGUUGUGAAAGAGAAGCUGAGGGAGUAAAUCUUCUGUCUUCGCGAUCAGUGUCCGAAAGUGCGAUCGUCAGUGAGAUCAUCGGAAUUAGAUCGUUCGUAUAUCGAUUCCGCGCCGUUUGCUCCCCUAUUUCCAGUCUUCAUCUACACCCCUGUAGUCGCGGUUUUUCGCGUCUGACUCGCGAGAGCAGUACGGCCAUAUUUAUGGGGGUGUCCGGAGAGUGUGCGAUCAAGGGCAGCAAAAGCAGCCACCCCUGUCACUGCUGCAGCCACGUCGGGAGUUCCGGCGCGAGCGUGCAACAAUCGCAACAGCAGCAGCAGCAGCAGCAGCAGCAACAGCAACAGCAGCAGCAGCAGCAAUCCUGCGAGCCGUAUCACCAUCACCACCAUCAGCACCAUCAUCAUCACCAUCAUCAUCACCAUCACGGCAAGCACGCACCGCCAAGCGCGUCGCCGCAACACAACAACAGCGGCGACAACAACAUCCUGGCACCGUUGCGCAGCAAGAUGAAAGUGCUCAAGAAGCUCAAGCGCAAGAUGGGUCUAGCUCCCAGAUCUUCGAACGCGGGUACCAACAAUUUGCCACCAUUGACGUUUCACCACGUGCACGGUGACAACAUCAGGCUGUGCAAUGGCGGUACGAUCGCUCGAAGACACGAGAGUUUUUGCAAGGGUGUUACUUUUAGCGCCAGACCGGUGCGAGUAGGCGAGAAGGUCUGCGUGAAGUUCCUGGAGAUUUCCGACAAUUGGAGCGGCGUGAUUCGUUUUGGUUUCACCAGCAACGACCCGAUUAAUCUCCGAAGUGGUUUGCCAAGGUACGCGUGCCCAGAUUUGACAAAUAAGCCAGGUUACUGGGCUAAAGCCCUCGCCGAGAGGUUCGCGGAGAGAGAUACGGUACUCUUCUAUUACGUUACAUCGGCUGGUGACGUGCAUUUUGGUGUCAAUGGCGAGGAGAAGGGUCUCUUCUUCAGCGGUGUCGAGACUCGGGGUCCGCUUUGGGCGAUCAUCGACGUCUACGGUAACAGCACCGCGAUCGAAUUUGUCGAUCCAAAUCGCCAGCACUUCAACAACAUACGUAGAGGCGCCGAGCACAGCAACGAGGACAAUGCGCAGCACAGUAGGCACUCGGCCAUGGACGACGCCAGUAACGCUGGUCGGGAUGUCGAAAGGAUCAUCGUGCCGUCUAUGCAGAACAUGUCGAUUCAUCACGAACCUGACGUGGAGCUACCCGGUCUCAGAUUUCAACCCCCUGGCGUCCUUUUCACGCCUCUGCCUUUCCACUCUAAGACUCGGGGUAGGAACAUCUGCUUUAGCAAUCAGCAGUGCGUAGCGACGCGUACGGACACAGAGUUCUGUCACGGCUAUGCGUUCACGAGUCGACCGUUGUUAUUGGGAGAGCGAUUGGUCGUGCAGAUUCUCUCUACAGAACCGAUGUAUGUUGGUGCUUUAGCCCUAGGCCUGACUUCGUGCGACCCGGCACGGCUAACGGCAGAGGAUUUGCCGGACGAUAGCGACCUGCUGUUAGAUCGUCCUGAAUACUGGGUGGUCUCCAAAGACGUGGCAUCGAGUCCGCAACCAGGUGACGAAAUUGCCUUCACGGUCACGCAUUACGGUGAGGUGCAGAUGAGCAAGAAUGGUGGCGCGCCCAAUGUCGUCAUGCACGUCGAUCAGAGCCUUCAACUAUGGGCAUUCGUGGAUGCCUAUGGAAGCACUCAACGUGUCAGAAUGUUGGCCAGUAGACCGACUUCACCGCCCCGGCAACGUCCGAGCAAUCCCUCACCUGCCAUUCAACAGCAGCAGCAGCAGCAACAACAACAGCAGCAACUUUCGAAUCAUAGCAACGCCGCCACGGAAUUGUCUAGAUUUUCCGAGAUGGUGCAGUUUAAACCGGCGGUGGGCGGCGGAACAGUACUCGUCGUGAAUCUACCGCCCCAAGCCGGCUACCCGACGCCACCGCCGCCCACGCCACAGCCGAUUUAUACUUCCGCGACGCACAGGAAUUCAUCGACACAACCGGUGCAUCUUUCGGCGGCAGCGACGGCGGCUGUUCCCGCGCCAGUCCCACAUCCUGGAUCCUCUAGGCAAUCCUCGCCACCGUUGACCGGAACAAUGGCCAGUACCGGCUCGUCGACGUACGUCGACCCGGUGACCUACCAGAGCCUGGAUGGUACUCUGACAUCGUCACGCGCGGCCUCGUCUCAUCUGCAUCAAUGGGGCGAGGGCCUGCAGCCGACGCUGAGCGAGUGCUCCAUUUGCUACGAGCGCAGUAUCGAUAGCGUGCUUUACAUGUGCGGCCACAUGUGUAUGUGCUAUACUUGUGCGAUUCAACAAUGGCGUGGCAAGGGUGGCGGUCACUGUCCGCUUUGCCGGGCGCCAAUCCGCGACGUCAUCCGUAUUUAUCGUUCUUGAACAAUUCGGGAGUGACC